UCGCCCUGCGAAGUACGGAGUGGCAGUAACGUUGUACUCAGCUGGACCUCUCCACUCCGGCUGACAAGAGUAGAGAGCACCACGCUGAGCACUAGGCAUGCAUGGUCAAAGUAAUUUGCCUACGUAAACACUUUCUUCCGUGUAAGCAAAUCCUAUGUUAUGUUGGCCCAAAACACCCAACGUACGUCAGCCUAAUCGCCCAAUUUAGCACUGGUACCGCCAUUAGCCAAAUCAAAUGCACCAUUCACACUCGUCCCCGCCUCGGUACCUAAAACCCACACUUCCACACUGCCCCGUGCCAGAGAGAGCACGCUCUGUAAGCCCACUGGGAGGAGCAGCACUGCAGCAGCAGAGGCAGAGCGAGAGUCAGACGCCAUGGGGGUCCGCACGGCGGCCACGAAGCUGCACAUCCCGCCCUCCGCCGCCCGGCGCUCCACCUUCCUGCCAUUCGUCGUCGUCGCCCUCCUCUGCUGCGCCUCCUACCUCCUCGGCGUCUGGCACCACGGCGGCUUCUUCGCCUCCCCUUCCCAGUCCCCCGGCGUCUCCAUCGCCACUACCGCCGUCUCCUGCACCACCAAGACACCCCUGAAGAAGAGGACCCCCUCCGCUCGCUCCCCCUCCCUCGACUUCUCCUCGCACCACACGGCGGCCGCGGACGAGACGCUCACCGCCGACACCUCGUCCGGUUCCUCCUCGGCGGCGCCGCCGAGGUACCGCGCGUGCGCCGCCAAGUACUCCGAGUACACGCCGUGCGAGGACGUGGCGCGGUCGCUGCGGUACCCGCGGGACCGGCUGGUGUACCGGGAGCGGCACUGCCUCGCGGGGCGGGAGCGCCUGCGGUGCCUCGUCCCGGCGCCGGCCGGGUACCGGACCCCGUUCCCGUGGCCCGCCAGCCGCGACGUCGCCUGGUUCGCCAACGUGCCGCACAAGGAGCUCACCGUCGAGAAGGCGGUGCAGAACUGGAUCCGCGUCGACGGCGACAAGCUGCGGUUCCCCGGCGGCGGGACCAUGUUCCCGCACGGCGCCGACGCGUACAUCGACGACAUUGGGAAGCUCAUCCCGCUCCACGACGGCUCCAUCCGCACCGCGCUCGACACCGGCUGCGGGGUGGCGAGCUGGGGCGCGUACCUGCUGUCGCGGGACAUCCUGGCCAUGUCGUUCGCGCCGCGGGACUCCCACGAGGCGCAGGUGCAGUUCGCGCUGGAGCGCGGCGUGCCCGCCAUGAUCGGCGUGCUCGCGUCCAACCGCCUCACCUACCCGGCGCGCGCCUUCGACAUGGCUCACUGCUCCCGCUGCCUCAUCCCCUGGCAACUCUACGAUGGACUGUACUUGAUCGAGGUCGACCGCGUGCUGCGGCCCGGAGGGUACUGGAUCCUGUCCGGACCGCCGAUCAACUGGAAGAAGUACUGGAAGGGAUGGGAGAGGACCAAGGAGGACCUCAACGCCGAGCAGCAGGCUAUCGAGGCCGUCGCCAGGAGCCUAUGCUGGACGAAGGUCAAGGAAACCGGCGACAUCGCGGUCUGGCAGAAACCCACCAACCACAUCAACUGCAAGGCCUCCCGCAAGGCUGCCAAGUCCCCGCCUUUCUGCUCCCAUAAGAAUCCCGACGCAGCAUGGUACGAUAAGAUGGAGGCCUGCAUAACGCCGCUCCCGGAGGUUUCCGAUGCAAACGACGUCGCCGGCGGCGCGGUGAAGAAAUGGCCGCAGAGGCUGACCGCCGUGCCGCCCAGGGUCUCCAGCGGCAGCAUCAGGGGCGUCACGGCCAAAGCGUUCAUUCAGGACACCGAGCUGUGGCGGAAGCGGGUCCGGCACUACAAGUCGGUGAUCAGCCAGUUCGAGCAGAAAGGGCGGUACCGCAACGUGCUCGACAUGAACGCCCGCCUCGGCGGCUUCGCGGCCGCGCUGGCGGACGACCCCUUGUGGGUCAUGAACAUGGUCCCGACCGUGGGGAACACGAGCACGCUCGGGGCCAUCUACGAGCGCGGGCUCAUCGGAAGCUACCAGGACUGGUGCGAGGGCAUGUCUACCUACCCCCGGACCUACGAUCUCAUCCACGCGGACUCGGUGUUCACCCUGUACAAGAACAGGUGCGAGAUGGAGAGCAUUCUGCUGGAGAUAGACCGGAUCCUGAGGCCGGAGGGCACGGUGAUCAUCAGAGACGACGUGGACAUUCUGGUGAAGGUCAAGAGCUUAGCGGACGGGAUGAGGUGGGACAGCCAGAUCGUCGACCACGAAGACGGCCCGCUCGUCAGGGAGAAGGUCCUCCUGGUUGUAAAGACGUACUGGACUGCCCAGGACCAAGACCAGUAGCAGGAAUGUGAAGUAAAUUUCUGUAUGUUGAUACGCACAUUUUUCAUGAUUGGAUCACCAUCUUCUAGCUUCUUGAUUACGUUCUUUACAGUCCUUUUGGGACAGUAAAUGGUGAUCCUCAGAUAGGAAAUUUUAUCUCCAAGGUGUAAAACGGGGAAAUGGAAGGAAGGGUAAAACCCCUGGCCCCUGCAAAGUUUUUUUUUUUUACUUGAAAUUGCCGAAUUGUGCCAAGUGGUAAAUAGAAGUUACUGUUGUAAGUCAUCCCGGAUGAGCAGAACCCGGGUUCAUGCAACUACAAUUCUGCUCUAUAAUCCUUUUUCGUAACCUGUACCCUGUACUGGAUUCGAUAUUCCAGAUCUAUUUAUGAUAUGAAAGGUCACUACUCUCCUA